AUGCCGAACAUCGUAGUUGCAGGUGCUGGUGUCUCCGGACUCACCACUGCAUAUGUCCUCUCCCAGCAGAAGAGGAAUGUAGUCACGGUUGUUGCGAAGCACAUGCCUGGGGAUUAUGACAUUGAGUACGCCUCGCCGGUAGCAGGGGCGAAUGUCCUGCCGAUGUCGACCCUGGAAAACAGCCGCUGGGAACGUGAGACUUGGCCAAUUCUGAAGAAAAUCGCCGUCCAGACACCUGAGGCGGGUGUUCACCUCCAGAAGUCUCGCGUUUUCAGGCGACAGAAGGAUAUUGACAAGCUCAAGUCCCCAGGCGCCACGUUUGAUGGUUUGUUUGCGGAGAACCCGUGGUACUCGACCCUAUUCGAGGACUUCCGGGAGCUCCCCAAGGAAGAACUACCCGAGGGCAUGGCUUCAGGGUGUGAGUUCGGCUCCGUGUGCAUCAACGUCAUGGUAUAUCUCCCGUGGCUGCUGGGUCAAUGUCGGAAGAACGGCGUUUUAUUCAAAAGGGCAUCGUUAAAACAUCUACUCGACGUCACCAGCCUAACGCCGAGGCCCGGGAAAGUUGACAUCAUUGUGAAUGCGACAGGUCUUGGGUCCUUGAAGUUGGGCGGUGUCACUGACAAGGACAUGACCCCUAUUCGCGGCCAGGUCGUGGUUGUUCGAAACGAAUCUCCGCACAUGUUCACAAUGUCGGGAACAGACGACGAGGCCGACGAGGUAUGUUAUGCAAUGACCCGUGCUGCUGGCGGCGGCACGGUCCUCGGCGGGACUUACAUGAAGGGAUCUUGGGAGAGCCAACCUGAUCCGAACCAAGCUAUGCGAAUAAUGCGGCGCGCGUGCCAGAUGGUACCGGAGCUGACCAAUGGUCAAGGUGUGAGGGGCCUUGACAUCGUGCGUCAUGGCGUUGGCCUGCGGCCUCAUCGCAAUGGUGGGGUGAGGGUCGAAAAGGAAAAGAUGGGUGACAUCUGGGUGGUUCACAACUACGGUCACUCCUCAUGGGGCUACCAAGGUAGCUGGGGCUGUGCCGCCGGCGUUCUGGAGCUAGUGAAUGAGGUCUACGAUAGAGCCAAGCUGUAG